GCACAGCUCUCUGCUGCAUGUUGAUGUGCAACUCCACUCCAGAGCAGCCACCAGAGAAGGAAAACCAUGAGUAUCAUUUCCAAGUAUGGCUUGAAGAACAUCCUGCUGCAGCUAGAAUGUCAUUUUACAUGGAUUUUGCUGAAGGAGGAUGUGGAUGUAGAUAGUCUAGAGGACAAAACAGGCCACCAGAUUGAAUUUCCACUCACAAAAUCCAAUGUUACAAAUUACAAUAUGCUAUCGUAUGUUUGUCACCUAAAGCACUUAAAUGAGGAUGCCCUGAAAAAUCUACAAAAAGCGGAAGAAGAAAUUGAAAAAAAACAUCCAAAUGAAAUUGGCAGGAGAAGUCUUGUUACCUGGGGGAAUUAUGCCUGGAUUUACUACCACAUGGACAGAUACAAAGAAGUUCAAACCUAUUUAAGCAAAGUGGAAGACACCUGCAAAAAGCUUUCAAGUACUGCUCGCUAUAAGAUUCACCUUCCAGAGAUUUAUGCUGAGAAAGGAUGGGCAUUACUAAAGUUUGGGAGAACACACUAUGAGAGAGCAAAGGAGUGUUUUGCAAAUGCUCUGAAGAAAGAACCCGACAACCCAGAAUUUAAUGCCGGCCAUGCAAUAGCAAUCUAUCGUUUGGAAAAUAUGUAUCAGGGAAAUGAUGAGUAUGAAAACUCAUCCCUGGAGCACCUGCGGCGUGCAGUGGAACUGAAUCCAAAUGAUACUUCUGUUGUGGCAUUACUUGCAUUAAAACUUCAGGAUUUAAAUCUAGUUGAUGAAGGGGAGAGAUACAUAAAAGAAGCAAUGGAAAACACUCCUGAUUCCCCGUUUUUUCUGCGAUAUGCUGCUAAAUUUUAUAGAAGAAAAGGAGAAUUGGCUAAAUCACUGGAGUUGUUGAGAAAAGGCCUAGCUGUGACACCAACAUGUAGCUUUUUGCACCAUCAGAUGGGGAUCUGCUACAGAAAAAAACUGUUUGAAUUGAAAAAGGCUACAAAAUAUCCCCCCAGAGGGCAAGUGGAAGAACUCAUUCGACUUUGCAUUUUUCAUUUUAAAAGAGCGACUGAGCAAAAGUCAACAUUUUUUUCUGCCUACAAUGACCUAGCAAAUAUGUAUGCAGAAGCAAGUAAGUAUCAAGAAGCAGAAGAGACAUUUCAGAAAGUGUUUCAAAUGACAAAUCUACACUGUGCAGAUAAACAAGAACUCUACUACCAUUAUGGACGCUUUCAGCAUCUUCAUAGGAAAUCAGAAUCUGAAGCUAUUAAAUAUUACACAGAUGUGCUGAAAAUUGAGUUUUCUUCCUUUGCAAGAAAUAAGUGCAAAAUUGCUCUGCAGAAAUUGUUGGAACAGAAAAUUCUGAAAGGUUCAGGAGAUGCAGCAGCUUUUAGCACACUUGGAUUCAUUCAUGAACUAAACAAUGAGAAACUGCAGGCAAUUGAGUGCUAUGAGAAAUCCUUGGAAUUGGAUCCUGAAAAUGAAGAAUAUCAGAAUGCAUUACUCAAGCUCCGACUUUCCAUCUGAAUCUAAAGCUCACAAAAAUUCUCUCUCACAACACCCCCCCUCAAAAAAAAAAGUUUCAACAAACUUUCAGAACAAAUUUUUUUGAGGUUGAAAUUACAACUAGAUGAAGGACUUAGUAGCAUCACCUUCUAGUGAUAAUACAGAAAUUGAAAGUGUUGAUUCUUCAUUUGCCAGCUAAGGGUAUGCUUGCUAACAUUCAAGAGCUUUGAAUGCUCUUCAAUACUAACAUUUCUAUAAAGGCUACAUUCAAGUUGUGACCUCAAGGACACAGAACUUCUAAGUUAGAAACCAUAUCUUCUACUGAGAAAAAGGGAAUGGUAGUACUGUAACAUUUAAUCUAUUUGCAUGAAAGGCAUGAUGAUACUAAAGUGCACUGAAUAUUUCUGAUACUAUUCCAAAUGUCAAUAAAAAUUCCCUUUAAAAUGUUAUUUAGAAAUAGCUUGUGUUGAAAUCUGUUUUGUUUAGUACUUCAUAUGUUGUUCGAUGCUUAUUUGGCUAAUACAUUGGAAAGCUUAUAAAAUGUGUAUUACUGCUGUGAAUUAUUAAAGAGCAUGGCAUCAAUGAA